GACUUUGCUGUGUGUGACCGUGCUGCUCUGCAAAGUAACAGGAGAAGCAGACAUGAGCCUUCAGACUUUGUUGUGUGUGACGGUGCUGCUCUGCAAAUUUACAGGAUGUCUUUCGAUCGUUGGGGGCCGUGAUGCACAGAGGGGGGCGUGGCCCUGGAUGGUCCUCUUGGAGACGCAUUCUGAAGGUGGCAGAUACUGGACGUGUGGAGGAUCACUGGUCUCAGAUCAGUGGGUCUUGACAUCAGCUUACUGCUUGCAUGACAUAAGUGGGCCAGCGGUGCUCCUGGAGCGUUCGUUUGCUCGUGUCGGGGAGCUGAGUCUGAAGGAAUCUUCUGGAAGGAAGGUGAAGCUGAAGCGGGCGGUGGCGCACCCAGACUACAGAGAUGAUGGAGGUAUUAUCAACAACGACAUCGCCCUGGUGCAGCUGCAGGAGGCCGUGUCCUUCUCUGACACAGUGCAGCCCGUGCUGCUGCCCAGCCCCCGAGACCAAUUCAGCCCCCACACUGAGUGCUGGGUCACCGGAUGGGGUCAAGUAGCUGACGGCAAGGAGCUGGGUGGGAUGAAGACUCUCCAGGAGCUGCAGGUGUCUCUGAUUGAUGAGGCCACAUGUGGUCAGAAGUACCCCAACAAGACUGACAGCACGAUGUGCGCUGGUGACCUGAGGGGAGGAAAAGGCUCCUGCAGGGAUGACCACGGUGGGCCCCUAGUGUGUAUCCUAGCAGGAGAGGUGGAGAGGAGGUUUGUGCUGGUCGGCAUCGUCUCUAUUGUCAACUGUGGUGAUGUGGGAGUGCCUACACUCUACGAAGACGUCUUCCGCCACACCCAGUUCAUCAGGGACACCAUUCAGGAGGCAGAAUGCAACGACCUGCCACCUUCUGAAGCAUGUUUUCUGUAAGCAGCCAGUGCUGAAGUGCUUUUUAAAAUGAUUGAAUAUUAUUCUGUAAUAGUUGAUCAUGCAUGUUAACCCCUUCAGCUGCCCACUCGUAUAACCCUCUGCAGGGCCACAUUCAUCUUCAUUACAUUUGCUCAUGCUUGAUGCACGUUGAUGUACUUGAUGUUCUGCUGUUAUUGCUCUUAAAAUAAAAAGCACACAAUUUGUAUCAUUUCAAAAAAUAAAGUGUGU